GUAAAACUACAAUACCCACAAAUCACCGCGCCAGCCGGUGUGACGUUAAAACUACUCACCCGGAAAGUUGAAUAGCUGUGUGAUAGGAGGCGAGAGUGAGAGUAAACAUCGAAAGGAGCUAUUGUCUAAUAGACACAGAGAGAUGAGCAACAGUGCUGCGAGCCCCAUGGCAGCCAGCAGCACCUCAAUGGCAGCGAGAGGAUCCGGAAAACCCAUCAGUUUCAUCCCAGAGCUGCAGAGCAUGAUGUUUGCGCUGGGUGAUUCACGGAGACCCCUACACGAAACUGCUGCGCUUGUGGAAGACAUAGUGCACACACAACUCAUCAAUAUGCUUCACCAGGCAGCUGAGGUGGCUAUCCUCCGAGGAGCCAGGGUGAUCUCACCAGAGGAUAUCGUCUUCCUCAUGAGGAAAGACAAGAAAAAACUGCGACGGCUCCUUAAGUACAUGCAGUUCCGAGAUUACAAGUCCAAACUGAUGAAAACCCUUGACGAUGAAGAGCCAAUGGAUUCAGACAAAUUCUCCAGCAGCAGUGCCAACAAAAGGCAGAAGCUGAUGCUGGACUUCCUGGGCUCCAUCGACCAGACAGGGGAAUUCCUGACACUGCUAGAGGACGAGGACAUGGAUGAAGUCAAGCAGGAGAGGUUGGAGAGACUUGAAAAACAGACAAGGAAUAUGGACUCGGCGCAGUAUGCUGAUUUUUGCGAGAGCCGACAGCUCAGCUUUUCUAAGAAGCUCUCCAAAUUUCGUGAGUGGCUGGACUGCAGCAGUCUGGACCUGAAGCCCAACGGUGUCUCCAUGGAGAUCCUGUCAUAUCUGGCCUAUGAAACUGUUGCUCAGAUUGUUGAUCUUGCGCUGUUGGUUAAACAAGACAUGACCCCCAAAACAGGUGACCCGUUCAGCCAUGCCAUAUCAGCCACUUUCCUGCAGUACCACAGCUCCAGUGCUGAGGCCUCAUCUGCCAAAAGAGACGUGGAUUCUCCAGAGAACACACCUCCUUCCACCCCAAGCUCAGGUCACCAGGCCAAACUGCACGCCAUAAACCAGGGCAAUGGCACACACUCUCAGGACUCCAGCAGCAAGAGCAAACAGCGCAAGAGGAAGAAGAGCGCAGCAGCGUGUGGCGCGGAGGCCCAGAGCAGUGCCAUCCAGCCCGGCCACAUCAGAGAGGCCAUCAGGCGCUACAGCCACAAGAUUGGCCCACUCUCCCCCUUCUCAAGGAGGCCGCUUGUCUCUGGCGUUUAGAUGACGGCCCGGGCCUUGGGAGCCAGCGAGAGGACACGGCACAUCUGAUCAAAGAUAAAGCCUCGCUCACUGAGGGUCAUCCAUCUCCGUUUCUCCCUCUCAGCCCAGGCAGUCGUGUGGACUGAAAGAGAGGAGCACAAACAGCCUCAUUCCUCACGCAAACAGCAGAAAGAGACGCUCUUUUAACUCAAUUUUUUUUUCCUUUUUUUUUUUUUAAUUCCCAAACAUCAAGAAAGCUGUGACUUUAGUUGUGAUCUGCAGCUUAUGAUCUUCUCAUCAGCUCAACCUCUUCUGUUUUCUGUUAUGUUGCCGAAUAAACGGAGUGUUCAGUUACGCAGCUUCCCCUCACCGCUGAUUCAUUCUUUUUAGAAUAACCUCUUCUCUGAGAACGUCCAGCUCUCAGCAUGGAGUCGCCUGACAUGCUGAGCAUUGUUUAUCUGUCAGUCAGUCAAUAAAUUAAAUAACGUACCAUAGUAACAUGUACUACAGCACA